UCCCACUACAGAAAAGACGUGGACAAAUUGAAAAGAGUCCAGCGGAGGACAGUGAAAAUGAUUAGUGGACUGGGGCACAUGACUUAUGAGGAGAGGUUGAGGGAACUGGGCUUAUUUGGUCUGCAGAAUAGAAGAGCGAGGGGGGAUUUGAUAGCAGCCUUCAACUACCUGAAGGGUGGUUCCAAAGAGGAUGGAGCUCGGCUGUUCUCAGUGGUGGCAGAUGACAGAACAAGGAACAAUGAUUCAGGUUGCAGUGGGGGAGGUCUAGUUUGGAUAUUAGGAACAACUAUUUCGCUAGGAGGGUGGUGAAGCACUGGAAUGGGUUACCUAGGGAGGUGGUAGAAUCUCCUUCCUUAGAGGUUUUUCAGGCCCAGCUUGACAAAGCCCUGGCUGGGAUGAUUUAGUUGGGGUUGGUCCUGCGUUGAGCAGAGGGGUUGGACUAGAUGACCUCCUGAGGUCUCUUACAACCCUAAUCUAUGAUUCUGUGAUGCUGCUACAGCCUCUCCUAAGUGCACUGCGAACCUACUGACACUUGACUCCCAAGUCCACGGACCCUGCUUCAGAGCUGUGCUUGGCUGUAGCUGGGGGGCAAGAGGGAGUGCACAGGGAACAGGUAGCUACGUGGUACCUUUUUAUGGGCCCCUGGAUGCUUAAGGUGGCUGGGAGCCAUCCUCAUCCCUCUCGCCGAUGUAAACGGCAGCAUCUCCAAAGCUAGCUCUGUCUGCCAACAAUUGUCCCCAGAGCAGCUGCAGAGCAGUGUGCUCUCAGCCUCCCCUGAAGUGCCUCCAUGGCAGGGGUUCAAGGGUGGGUGCACUGACAUGGCUGUGUGGGGGUCCGGGACUGCAGUGUCUCGGGGGACUGCAGACCAGGGUUGAGGUGCAUUAAUAGGGCUGGGUGAGGGCUCUAGGACUGAAGUAAUGGGAUGCUGCAGGUCUGGUGCAUUGACAGAGCAAGAGGAUGUGUUUGUGGGGAGCAUGAGGGGGGGUGUUUCUGGACUACAAUAGCAGGGCUGUUGCAGGGCAAAGUGCACUGGCACGUGCUCUGCCUUUGCCUCUGGAUCUCCAGCCUAUCUCCUCCAUCUCACACUUCCACAGCAGGACUAAAACCAACCAAAACAAACUACAAAGCUCCUGGAAGGCGGAGGUCUCCUGAGCACCUCCUGAGCACCUGAGAGAGGUUCUCCCCUUCCCAUGGGCAUUGCCGACUUCCUAGGAGGAGAGCUGAGAUCUCAGCAAGGACAAUACAGUAGAACCUCAGAGUUACGAACACCUCGGAAAUGGAGAUUGAUUGUAACUCUGGAAUGUUUCUAUCUCUGAAUAAAACAUUCAGAUGUUUACAAUUGAGCAUUGACUUAGUACAGCUUUUACUUCUGAGGGCAUUCUGUGCCAAAAAAUGAAAAUUCUGUGCACAAUAUCUUAAAAAUUUGCAGAAUUCUGCAAAUUUUAUUUGUCAAAAUAACACUACAAAAUGACGCCAGUUUCAAUUAUUUUGGUAAUUUAUUUCAAAAUACUCAUCAGCAACUAUGUCUGUAACAAUACAGAUGCACACAAAAUUUUCCCCAGGAGUAGAGAGUUCAAGAAACCCCUAUUACUACCCAGUUCCUGUUUCUCUGCCCCUUUUGCACCCCCCCUCCCAGCCCAGCCAUGGUGCCCCCCAGUCAAUACUCCCAAAUCCCCUUUCUCCCCAGAGCCCAGCCAUAGGGCCCCCCCUUUCCUCCCAAAGCACAGGGAUCCAGAGUGGGAGACAGCCUGAUGCUUGAUCCCAGGCUUGUAUGGAGUUUCCUGUGCGCUGUCCUCUCCUUCCCUCAGGGCAUGCUGGGAAUUGCGGCUACCAGGAACCCUCUUGCUCUCUUCCUCUCCCCCCAGCAGUGUCUUCUAUGUGUGAGCUGGGCUAUGCCAGGUCCAGCGUCCCCUAGUGGCAGCCAGCAGCACUGCAUCCUGUUUCUGUGGGGGAACGGAAAUUCUGCGUGCACAAUGUUAAUUUCUGCAAAAUGCUGCAUUGUGCAGUGGCACAGAAUUCCCCCAGAAAUAAGCUUUGAAACUUUACUAUGCAGAAGAAAAAUGCUGCUUUUAACCAGCUUAAUUUAAUUGAAACAAGCACAGAAACGGCAUCCUUACUUUGUUAAACUCUUUUUUUAAACUUUCUCUUUAUUUUUUUUGUAGUUUCUAUUUAACACAGUACUGUACUGUAUUUACUUUUGUGUGUGUGUCCCUGCUGCUGCCUGAUUGCUUACUUCUUGUUCCAAAUGAGGUGUGUGGCCGACUGGUCAGUUCAUAACUCUGGUGUUUGUAACUCUUGAGGUUCUACUACUAUGGUCCCCAGACUAUGGGGUGUGUCCCCGUAGGGGGCGAAGAGGAAGAUUUGUGAGGGGGGGGCACAAUGGGGCCUAGGCCAGCCCCCAUGGGGAGUGGGGAGAGAGUGCCUCCCAGCCCUGCUCUGUCCCCGUCUCUGCUCCGGCCCAGUCCCAGCGACAGCUCUGGCCCCGACUUCAGUCACUGGCUCCUGGCCCCACUAACGGCCAUGGUCCCAGCUGCAGCUUUGGCCCCAGCCCUGGCUCGUGGCGACCGGGUAAGGGGAGGUGCGGCCAAAAAUGUUUGGGGACCACUGUUCUAUUUGAAUUUCUCCAAAUUACCUAGCAUACUUUGCUUUAUGUUAUACGUAAUUUAUUCCCUCUGGUCCUCACGUGGCACUAAAAUCCCUAUUGAUCUAAUUAAAGCAAACCAAGGCAUCCAGCAGGGUGGCAGUGAAGGAUAACAGGAGGAGAGACCAUCGGCCUCAGGCAGUGGGACAGGCCGCUUGUGUUGCUAAAAGUGUCAGGGCAUUGUCUAACCCAGGAAAUGAGGGCCAGAGGAGCAGGGUGGUGGGAAAAUGAAGUGCUCAGGUCUUCCCUAGCAGGGCGAGCUUAGGGCUCAAGCCAGGCAGGAUGAAGGAUUUGUGGGAGGGCUAGUGACAUGAUUAUUUCUGGGCUGGCCUCUCAAACCGUCCCAGGAUCAUUUAACUGAGGGUGUGUGGGAGGCUCUGAGCAGCAACCAGUGCCCUCUGCAGAAGUGGAUCCUAGCAUCUGUGCUGCAGCCUGUACCCUUUGCCAUCCCUUGGACUGUAAGCCAGUCAGGGUAGCCACCAGCCGGUUUAUAUAUGCUGUACAGCACCUAGCGCAGUGAGGCCAUGAUCCCUAGCUCUAGGAUGCUAUCACAGUGUACGUUGUUUCAGUGGGCUAUUCAAUUUCAGGGCAGGGCUGGGGACUGCUGGGCCUCACUGGCUCCAGGGCUGUGCACGGUCUGGGGCUUGCUAUGUUCUCUUCCAGCUGUAGAGUCCAGAGUUGUCAGUGGUGUCAAUGGGACAAAGGUCUUGGGGGUUGCCUUGGCGGGGAGGGGAGGAGAGCCUUCCUUUUAAUGCAAACUCUGCCAGGGAUGUUGUGGGCUCCCCGGCAGCACUUAAAGGGAUGGGUCCUGUGGCAGGGAGAGGGAGGCUGAACUUCCUCCCCUGCCCCUGCCUUAUGCCCCCCGACCCAGGGUCUGGCCCAAAGAUAAGGGGAAAGCGUUAUGGGCCUAACAAAGCCUUUAAUGGGCAAUGAUUCUUUUUGCUCCCCUCCUGGCCUCUCCCCGCCUCCAUCGCUCUCACUGCCCACACUGUUCUGCCUCACGUUCCCAUGCUAUCUCAGCCCCUGCACCCUGGAGCCGAGCAGGGCUGCCAGGCCUUGCUCUGAGCCUGCUUAGCCCUUCUCAGCCUUGCCAGCCCCACAUAUUCACAAAUCUUGAGAUGGGGCCCCUAAAAAUAACUGGAAUGCCUUAAAAAUCCCAAUUUUGACCAAUAACAGCCUAUUUCUGGCUCUCUGAGCCUUCAGGGGUCUCGCUUUCCAGCUUGUCACUGCCAGAAAUGGACUCAAAAAAAAAAAAAAAAAAAAAGAUUUUUUUUAAACUUUCCCUUAAUUUUUUUCAUAGUUUCUAGUACAUAGUUAUUAGUUUCGUAGUUUCGAGAUUCUGCUGUAUUCGUUUGACUCCAGGAGUUGGAGCAAGCCACUGACAGCACGAGACUCAUGAGAAUUGGCUGCCCUACCUCCUGGAGGAGAGACCUCUGACUCCGCCCAUGGGUCCUUGCUCUGUGGGAGUAGGCUGUGAAAAGUGGUGCCCAGAGACUGAAAGAGAGGAGAGAGAAUGGGGGGAGGAGAGCAGUACGUAAUGGUAAAAGCCCCCCGCGGUGUAUAACACAUAUGGAGGGUCCCUGUGUGCCAGCCGAGGUCUUGUAACUCUUCUCGUCCUUGGGCUGCUCCGAAGCUGGCUGGAGUCUGUCCCAUUGCACGUGUUCCAACGGGAAAGAAGCCGAACAAGCCUGGCCUCUUUGAAGCAUGUGGGUAAGAGAGGCAGCGUGUUCAUCACUGGUAACGGUGGCCGUUGCUGGGGGCAGGAUAAUUUUCAUUUUGGUAGCAUGUAGCGGCCCAGUUGAGAUUGGGGCCCUUUGUCUGGGCGCCGUACACACGCCUCAGGAGAGACUGCCCCUGCCCCAGACAAGACAAGGGCUGUUUAUUCCCAAAGCAGAGAGACCAGCUGACCUUGCCAGAGCUGUGCCGGGAGUCGGUGGCAGCAGGCAGUAGAGUGCAGCUCUCUGGAAUCCCAGGACAGUGCCUGACCCACACAGCCAUCUCGGGUGGUUGGACUGAGCAUGGCAGGAGGUGGGAUCCUGAGCUGAAUGCACCCACACUGAGCUGGUGCAGCCAAGGCAGGAAAUACUGGAUUAGGAGAACCAAUGGCCAGACAGUGGGCAACUGGGCGGUAUGGGCCAAUGGCCUGUCUGAGCCGAUGCAGGAGACAAGCCAAGUUUGACCCCUCCAAGAAGGAAGAGUGCCGGAAAGUCCAUUAUGUGCACUAGGGACCUUGCUAUUGCUGUUGUACAUGGAAGGAGCUCAGAUGCCACGGUGAUGGGCAGCAGUGUAAAGCCCUCAGGGAGGGCAGUUCCUGCCGAGAGGGAAGAUUCCCUUUGCCAAGGACACGUGGGGCCUUGCUCUCCCCUCCCUGCUGCCCCCCCACUGACGCUCUGGGAUCUCGCCUUGCAGCACAGAUGCCCUGCCCAUUGCUUAUCCUGGGCCUGCUGGUGCUCGCUCCAGCCGGCUCAGUGGACAUCCGGGUCCCCGAUGACCCUGUGAUCGCCCUCUUUGGUCGGGAUGCCAUCCUCCAUUGCUCUUUCUCACCUGAUGCCAGCUUCAGCCUCACCGAGCUCAGCCUCAUCUGGCAGCUGACGGACACCAAGCGGUUGGUGCACAGCUUUGCCAGCGGGCAGGACCAGCUGGCCGACCAGGGCAGCGGCUAUGUCAACCGCACGGCCCUAUUCUACGAGGAGCUGCCCCGGGGCAAUGUCUCGCUGCUGCUGCGGCGGGUACAGAUCUCUGAUGAGGGAAGCUUCACCUGCUUUGUCCGGGUCCAUAGCUACAGCAGCGCGGCGGUGACGCUGCAGGUGGCCGCUUUAUAUUCCAAGCCCAACUUGAACCUGGAGCCCAGCAAGAACCUGAAGCCAGGGGACCUGGUGAUGGUGACCUGCCACACCUUCCGUGGCUACCCUGCAGCUACAGUGCUCUGGCAGGAUGGCCAGGGAAAUAACAUCACGGAGAACGUCACCACCUCCCAGGUGGCCAAUGAGGAAGGGCUCUUUGAUGUGCAGAGCAUCCUCCGUGUGGUGCUGGAGCCCAACAGCACCUAUUCCUGCCUGGUGCGGAACCCUGUGCUGCAGCAGGAAACUCACGCCUCCGUUACCAUCACUGGGCAGCACCUCAGCUUCCCUGCCGUGGCUCUCUGGGUGACUGUGGGACUCGCUAUCUGCAUCUUGGGACUGCUGGGCGCCCUGGCUUACGUGUGCCGGAAGAAAAUUCACCAGAGCUGCAAAGAAGAGGAAGAGAAUGCAGGGAUGGAGGAACAGAGUGAGGAUGGUGGAGAACCCAAGACAGCUUUGCAGCCUCUGAAGAGCAUAGAGAACAAAGAAGGUUGGAAUCCCUGGUUGAACUACCUGAUGAGGGGAGGGGAGGUGAUCCAUCAUGGCAGUAGCGUAGUCAUGGGGCAUCAUGGGAGAUGAAGUCCAGCUGGGGAGCCUUGUCCAUAGAAGAGAAUGGGAACCAAGGCAUCCAAACUACCACUCCCAUGAA